ACUUUUCUAAAAGGCAAAAGUAGACACACACCAAAGGGGGAUAAUCAACAUGGAAGAAGUUCAUAAGGCGAAAACAUUGUCCCCACCUUCCCCAUCUUUUUGGCCAAGUGCAGCUAUGUACAAGUACAGUUUUACGGCACAAAUUCAUUUUGUUUAGGCCAUGGUGAAAGGUGGUGCGGUAGUAUUUAAUGGGGAGCUUGAGUGAGGAACUAUCAUAUUCUGCAGAAAUCAUAUAAGCAAAAACAAGAGAGAAGAAGGACAAAAUGAUCGAUACGCGCAUUAUCCACGACAGUACAAUCAAGUCCCAUAAACUUCCUAACUAUCUUGAGCGCUCUCUCUACCAUGAAAGCUAUCUAGUCCCAUGCCCGGAGUCUCUUUUAUGGUCAAAUUCCCACGGAAGAUUCUCUAUCCGACAACCGACUACUUUUUAGGGAACACAGAGAGUUCCCCCAAACACUUCAAAGAGCAAUGGACUCCUCAAUUGAGUCUACCUCUGCAGCAAAGAAUGCCGAUGAAGAAUCAAGAAGACGCAGAAUGGGUGAUAUAGUGCUGAACACUCCAGAACCCCCUGCUCUAUGGCACGAGAUCUCUGUGUCGAUAAAAGAAGAAGUAUUUCCUCGAAGCAGCGAGCCCUUCUCGCUUCUCACAUGGAUUUUAUCAGCAGCUCAGGGCCUGUUUCCCGUGCUUCAGUGGGGAAGAAGCUACAGCUUUAAGUAUUUUCGGAGUGACUUCAUGGCUGGUUUGACUCUUGCAAGCCUCGGUAUUCCACAGAGUAUUGGAUAUGCCAAUUUAGCUAAACUUGAUCCUCAAUAUGGUCUUUAUACAAGUGUUGUACCACCUCUAAUCUACUCUGUAAUGGGGACUUCAAGAGAUAUAGCCAUUGGCCCUGUUGCUGUUGUAUCUCUGCUUCUGUCAUCCAUGGUUCAGAAAGUAGUCGAUCCAACAGCUGAUCCUAUCGCCUACCGAAAGCUGGUUUUCACUGCAACACUUUUCACAGGCAUAUUUCAAGCCUCCUUUGGAAUGUUCAGGCUGGGUUUUCUUGUGGACUUCCUCUCGCACGCUGCCAUCGUUGGCUUCAUGGCCGGAGCAGCUAUUGUGAUAGGAUUGCAGCAGCUUAAAGGACUACUAGGGAUCAAUCACUUUACAAACAAAACCAAUAUAGUUUCUGUCAUCAAGGCCGUCUGGGUUGCGCUUCAUCAACCUUGGCACUAUGGCAAUUUUCUCAUCGGAUGUGUGUUCCUUAUAUUCAUCCUCUGUGCAAGAUUCAUGGCAAGAAGGAACAAGAAGCUAUUCUGGCUCUCAGCCAUUGCUCCUCUGCUCUCUGUUAUCCUGUCAACUCUUCUAGUCUUUGUUAUGAGAGCCGAUAAGCAUGGUGUUAAAAUUAUACAACAUGUUACUGGAGGACUAAAUCCAAGCUCAGUUAAACAGUUACAGCUACAAGGACCAUAUGUGGGGGAGUGUGCUAAGAUCGGCCUUGUUUGUGCAGUGAUUGCUCUAACGGAGGCUAUCGCUGUUGGACGAUCUUUCGCCUCAAUAAACGGUUACAAACUAGACGGAAACAAGGAAAUGAUAGCGAUGGGCUUCAUGAACGUCGCUGGAUCGUUAUCCUCCUGCUAUGUUGCCACAGGUUCUUUCUCUCGAACGGCUGUAAACUUCAGCGCCGGCUGCAAAACGACAGUAUCCAAUAUUGUCAUGGCCGUCACAGUGUUUAUAGCUUUGCAGCUGCUGACAAGGCUCUUGUACUACACCCCUGUGACCAUACUCGCAUCAAUUAUUCUUUCCGCCCUUCCCGGACUUAUUGAUGUAAAAGAAGUCUGCAACAUCUGGGAAAUUGACAAAAUGGACUUCCUCACUUGUAUCGGAGCAUUCCUCGGCGUUCUAUUUGGAUCUGUGGAAAUUGGCCUUUCCGCAGCAGUGAUCAUCUCAUUUGCGAAGAUUAUCAUUCGGUCAAUCCGACCGCAUAUUGAAAUGCUUGGGAGAAUACAGGGGACCGACAUCUUCUGCAGCAUCAGACAGUAUCCGACGGCCGCGCAAACGCAAGGCGUACUGCUGAUCCGCAUCGACUCGUCCUUUCUUUGCUUCAUGAAUGCCAAUUUCAUCAGAGAAAGGAUUACGAGAUGGGUGAUGGAAGAAUGCGACCCGAAUGAUAAGAAGCCCGGAGAGAAGAUCCACUCGGUCGUUAUCGACAUGUCGACCGUGAUGAACGUAGACACUUCCGGAACCGCAGCAGUAGGGGAGAUGCACAAGGAGCUGCUCUUUCUCGGUAUACAGUUAGCUAUAGCCAAUCCGGGGUGGCAGGCGAUUCACAAGAUGAAGCGGGCCGGGCUCGUCGAACGCAUCGGAGGAGAGUGGGUGUUCCUGACUGCCGGUGAAGCUGUUAGAGCGUGUCUGGCAGCUAAGGAUGCGGCCUGCGGCUGCUGAAAGUGCAGUUUGUGUUCUUCUUUCAAUCCGGUUGAUUUCGCAAAAAUUGCGCACGCAUUAUUAUUACUCGUGCUACUGUUGUGUGGAAUGUAUUAUGUGUAUGAUGAUGAUGAUGAUGAUGAUGAUGAUGAUGAUGAUGAUGAAUCAACAUCUUCGAACUCGGUGGCUUUUGCUAUGAACUGUGGAACAUGUUUUUCAUGUGGUAUAAUAUAGUAUGGAGAAAUUCAACUAUGAAA